AUGAGUGAGCAGGGCGCGCUGGCCACGUCGCCGGCGAAGAGCCAGUUGGCGGCGUGGUGGCGGCAGUUCAAGAACAGCCCGAAGAGCAUCUCUACAGACUCAAUAAGCGGCCGGGAGCGGCCACUGCUGGGCAAGCCGGCGUCGGUGCACGCGGUGCCGUGCGCUCCGGGGCGCGACUUCCGGACGUACCGGGACUCAUUCCUCCACAGCCGCAACGACUUUAAGGGGCAGGUGUUCGGGGUUCCGCUUGCAGACUCACUUGCGCUGGCAUCAGCAGAGGUGAUAGUGCAGGGAGAGCUGGCCAAUUUUGGGCGGAUCCCGAUAGUGGUCGCGAAGUGCGGGGCAUUCUUGAAGCAACGGGGGCUGUAUACGUCGGGCAUUUUCCGCAUAGCGGGCAAUAGCAAACGUAUCAAGGAACUGGUAUACAUUUUCUCAACACCGCCUCAUUACGGUACUAAGUUCACAAGUUGGGACGGCUUUACGGUGCACGAUGCAGCGUCGGUGCUACGGCGCUUUUUGAACAACCUUACUGAGCCGUUAAUACCCCUUGUGCACUACGAGACAUACCGGGAGCCGUUGCGUACGCGCGUGCGUAUUUUGAAACACAUGACACGGCCGCCGCCGGUGAGGGAUGACAGUGGGCGCGAGACAGAGAAUGCGUUGUCGGAUCCCAAGACAUCGACUUCUGAUGCGGAGGAGGCGCUAGACGCGGAGGAGGUGCGGCGCCAGCGUCGUCACCGCAAGCGACUAACACGGGACAUAAAGGCAGCUCUCCAUGAAUAUGAGGUUUUGUUUUCCGAGUUGUCCAACGACUCAAAGCAGCUAAUAGUUUACUUGCUCGAUCUUCUCUCGCUUUUUGCACAGCAAUCCGAAGUUAACCUUAUGUCGGCCAGGAACUUAGCCGCAAUAUUUCAGCCUUCGAUCCUCUCACAUCCAGACCAUGAUAUGGAUCCCAAGGAAUACGAGCUUUCAAGACUGGUUAUUGAAUUUUUGAUUGAUUAUUCAUAUCGUUUGCUACCACAUUUGUUGAAGAUAACCAAAAAUGAGCAGGCCCUGUUGCAGAAACAACAGCAGCGGGGGGACGGGCUGAAGACCCAUGUUUGUGGCCUUGAAGCACCAUCAGAUAUUGCUGUACCUAUGGCGAAUGAAAUUAACCAGUAUAGUAAUGUUGCGGAUUCGCCAGCGCCUCUAUUGAAGACAAACAAAGAGGUUGGUUCUUCUAGCCCACAGUCUAACUCGAAUGUUAGGGCUCCCAAUGUAAUGAAUAAUGCGGCUACCAAAACUGCGGCUGCUAAGGCUGCAGGUAAACCUGGAGAGAGAGAUAGCCAGUACAUGAAUGUGCCUUCGCCCGCAAUAUCAAUCCCACUUACUCCUACUGGUAGCGUUUUAAAGAUGUACGAUCCUGAUCUUUGGUCGGCCUCAGACCUUCCAUUUGUAACGGCACAACAAAGAUUGACAUCUCCUGCACUUUCUCCCUCUCUGCCGAAUGAACCCCAAGCCUUAUCGAGUAGUUUACCGUCUCCGCAGAUAUUAUCGUCCUCUUUUCCACACCAACAAUUGCGGCCAGAACAAGAACAACUGCUGCUGCAGCAGCAGCAACAGCAGCAAAUGCAACAGCCACAACAUGAGCAACAUCUACAACAACCACAACAACAACAGAACUUGUCGUCACAACAGCAUGAUCAUGCUACACAGCAGAAACAACGUUUCUCGCGGCCAUCGCAGUCCCAGCACUUGGCAGGAUUGAAGCAGCCGCCGCAGCAAUGGGUACAGCAGGCGAGAUUGGAUUCUCGGUCUGGCUCUCCGGAACUGCGUAGGCGAUAUAGAUAUAGGCCGCACUCGAAAUCGCUGUCUUCUGCGAUCAGCCCUUCGGAUAUGAUCGCUGCCAGGCGCAAUAACGUAAACCCUAGAAUUGGCAAGUAUUUGUUGUUGGGAAGUGAUACCGAAGGUAUGUCUGAGUAUGACGAGGAUGAAGAGUGUGUUGGAUACCAGGACAUCUAUUCUCCUGGUAGUAAUAACUCUGAUCUUUUGGUUGUUAACCCGGCUUUCUCCCUACCUGCUACAGGAAUUCGACAAGGUGGCUCUGAGGUUUCUAUUGACAGUCCUACUGCGACAGACAAACGAUAUGAUCCGAAUAUCGUUUCGUCUAGGCCACAUGAUUAUAAUACUAUCGGGACAUUGCAUCCCAGUGCCAACCCGAUUGGUCACCUCUCAGAUACGUCAGCGGACGUAUCAGCUACGCCCACGAUUGUGGUUUCCAAGACUACACACCCUUCAGAGCAAAAUGAACAGCAACAAAGUCUUGCCACUGGUUUUUCGCAGGCAACUAAUGAUAAUGACGAUGACGCUACAGCCGAUAUGUAUUACGAUGAGGAUUCCCAGGGAGAGCGCGUAGCUAGGUCAAAGAAGCGCGACUCAUGGUUUCAAAAACUAAGGAGCCGCUCUAGGUCAGCAACAUAG